AUGGCAGCGACACGCCCCACGUGGUUGAUCACUGGUGUCUUGUCGGGCAUGGGCAAGUCGCUUGCUUUGGAGGCUCUGAAGGCUGGCUACAGAGAGUCAUUGGAACCACACGCGACGUGGUUUCCAAGUGCUCUGAAGAACACAGUGUUGAUGUCCUCGUCAAUAAUGCGGGCUAUGCCUUCAUGGGCGUUGGUAAUACCAGUGAGACUGAAGUCUCGAGGGUUACAAUGGGGCCACGGUGUCAAGCAGAUGGUCGCUGAGUCCCGACAGAUCACGUCCAUUCUGAAUUUCGUUAAAGGAGAGCCCGACAAAGUGGCGCAGGCAAUCAUCAAUGCUAAAAUUACAGGUUAUGAUUAUCUUUGCCUAAGCUACAAGUCGACGCCGAAGCUGUUGGAUCCCACCUGGAUUGUAUGCGGUACGCGUAUGGACGCCUACAAGGAACAGCUACCAUGGAUGGAAAGAAGUGUGGUGUCUGUUAACAAGGAGAUUACAAGUGUUGAUCUUACCGCUUUGUUAGAUCAGGAUCAGAACCUGAAGGAGAAGGCUGUAGCUGCGUUAGCUGAGUUAGCUGCAUUAAAGCAAGCUAAUCGGUCGUAG